AUGUGUUCAUUAGUACUAAACUCAACAAUGGAGACCAAAGUGACAAGUAAAACAAGUAGUUUGAAGGCAUUGAUACUGCGCGCUUGGCGUGAACGUUGGAGCGAUCUGCAGUGGGGAAUAAAUAUAAAAACAAUUCUACCUCGAGGAGUAAGUGGAGAUGUCUACAAUCUAGCUGAUUGUAUUCUACAGCAAGCCCUGGUGGGCCCAGGACCAAACCAGUUAGUAUUAUCAUACUUGAAGCACUCACUGAGCUCUCAGUUGGUCUCAUAUGCGGCGGUACUCCAAAGAAUAAGUAAGUAUGACGCUUUCCAAAAACCACACUGCAUCGUCUGUCUGCUGGAGUUCCUCGAGUCGAUCCAGGUGGGGAUCACUUGUCGUGGAAAACCUGAAGAAGAUUUACUGGCAGCUGCUGUGCUGUCCAUAGUCGACUGGCUGCUCCAGUGUUAUUUGAAUACACUGAAGGUGCCUCAAAACAACGCCCUGGCUAAUCCACAAAUGGCGGACCUUAUCGAGAAACCGGCAAGUAUUUUAAAGCAGAUGCUGAGCUCAGACUUUCUGUGUGCGAUGAUGUACCUAGCAAAGUACGACGAUAAAGAUCUCUACCUCGAAGUUGUUAAAAAGUCCCAAGAAAUCGAGGCACUGUACAAAGCAAGUGGUCAAAAGUCACCCUCGCCUAUCGACGACUCGUUAAAAAAAUUAUGCAAUUUAGAAAUAGAAACAGUCGCUCCAAACUCUACUAAUUCCACUGUUGAAUCAAUAACUUACUGCUUGCAGCCGCUCUUUGCUGUCCAGGUGCUUCUGAACCCCAGUACCGAGACUACGGUCUUCGUCAAUCAAUUAUUGAUGAUAAAGCGCCUGAAAGGUUAUUCCAACCCACGGCUCUACUGCGAAAUAAUGAGAGCGUGUCUCUUGUGUUUGCACAACGCUACAGGAACCGUGAAAGAAUCUCAGUGGGGCGCAGUUACUUUUCUCAAGGUACCAUUUAUCCUCAAAGAACUCCACGCAACAACGGUAACUCCAGGCAGUCCUGAAGAAAAGCUCGAGUACUCUCAGGAUAUAAUUGACGCUUUUGAAUUGCUGCUGCAGUUUGCUCCGUUGCUGGACAUCAUGGACGCGACGUGCUCGUGCAACAGUGUCGAGUGUCUUUUAAACGAGCUUCAAAAGGUUAAUCUGGUGACGGAAAAACAAGUUAAGCAAUUGAGCAGUAGACGUGAAGGUGUUGCCGCUGCGUUGCAAAAGUUAGAGUCUUCUAGCUCACCAACUUCAACAAUAAUGAAAGUUAUCGUCCGAGCUGAGCCCACCUUAGCGGGUAUUCUAAAAACUUUGUCUGCUGAUUACACAAAAAUUCAAGAAGCGCUGCUGAGCAUGCUUUGCCAAGUUUUAAACGGCAAGAGUCUUGAUUUGAUGCUAGCAGUGGCUACUGUUGAAGGACAAUUGAAAAAUUUCGUCACCAAAUUGAUAAAAUUCAACGAGUGUAGUAAACAGAUGAACGAUCCAGUGCCUGGUAAAACAGUAGCUACACGAGCAAUGCUUUUUGACAUAUCAUUCUUGAUUCUCUGCUUCAUUGUCCAGACAUACGGCUCGGAUGUCGUCCUCGAAGAAGGUGGAGACUCUUUCUUUGAGCAGUGGGUGCGUGAGUGCAUGCCUGAGCGCGACAAGCCUAAAUCUCCUCACAAAAUGCUCCAAAAUAUUGAUAGCGCCAGAGUAGACGCGCUGCUUGCGCAGAUAAAUUCUCCGGAGCCGGAUUUAAAGAGCAGCAAUGUAAAAUGGCACGUGCAGUGUCAAAGCGCUAUGGGAGCGGUGAAAGAACUGCUGUGUGCUUGGGAGUCUGGUGUUCUAGGUGCAACUGAUGUAAAACGCGCAUUGGAUGGGUUGAGAUCAACCGCUUACUGUCUUCCCGUUUGUGCAGCGGCCUGGCUGUGCGCUCACAUGAGUAUCACGCACCAAGACGCAUUGCUGAAGCCAAUGAACAUGGUCCAGCAAUUUGUGACUCCUCUCCCACCGGAUGAGGUCCAGGAUAAUAAUUUCAAGCACGACACCAGUGCUCUUAUGUUCCAGAUUAUCAGGAAAAUGCAGUACAACAUUCAUCCACCGACGCAGUCCAAGACCAAGGUGGUGUCCAUGUACCACAAUGUAAUCUCUAAGCAGCCGAUACUCGAGCAACUGGAGUCUGUGUGGCAGGAAAUCCACCAGAAAGGCUGGGUUAAUAUUAACGCUACGCACACUCUCGAGUCUUUGCUCAAUACCGGUGGGUCUUUGUGGUUUGUUUCAAAUCUCAUUAAAGAAGCGCUCAAAUAUCGCUAUCAAGAGCAAUUGGAUCAAGCUAUUGAUUUAAUCUUUGCGAUAUUUCAUUUGGAUAUUGAAAAUUGCACACUGGAUCUUCUGAAUCAUGUUCUCCCGCAGUAUCUGUACAACUCGCAGCAGGGCGAACAAUUGGUGGAACCUCAGUCGUCGGAGCUAGCGAAAUUGUGUGUCUACUGCAUACUCUCUACGCUGGAGUUUAACAAUUCUAAUCCACAGAAGGGCAACAACAGAAAGAGAACGAGGCGUGAUCUUGAAUCGGAGGACAUGGAAGCGAUUUGCGGGCCUGCUAAUAAAUUGUUACGGCUAAAUGAGACUGGUGAUACAAAUGCUAUUUUUGGAUCUAACUCACCGCAAGCUUCGGGGCCUACUAAUGGCACUCAAAAGUCUUUGGUACUUCGAGAUCCUCUUCUGAACACACUCAAUGGACUUUUUAAAACUUUCAACUACCUCGCGGCUCGCGACGGCCAAGUGUCGCAGCAGACGAACUUUAUUCUGCAGUUUCUUAAAAUUAUGGUGCAAUGCGGGAAAGAUAGGACGCGUGUUGUUCUUCAAGGAAUGCCACAAACUCUCGUGCCUUGUUUGCUGAAAGCACUUCCCGAAUUAUUUACAACAGAUUUGCUACUUCGUCUGUACGACAUCCAGACAACUCCUGGUAGAAAGGCAACGGCUCGUGAUCUGUGUAUGCUGCGAAACAUAACUUUAAAACCAUGA